GCGACUUUUCAAUCUCACCGAUGACACCGUCUCGUCUCCCGCCGACGUUCAGGUCGCUGUACCGUCUGCUGCUCAGGACGGCAUCCGCAGCCGUGCUGCACCAGCCCACGUCGGCGCGCGCAUUGCGUCGUCUGUACAGGGCGCCGUUCGAGGAGGCCGCCUCCGUCCUACGGCGCCCAUCGCCGCCCUCCGACGCGGACGCAGCAUGGAUGCGGACAUUCGAGGCUCGCAUGGACAACACGCUCUCGCUGCUCUACUCCUCCGCGCGCUCGCACGGACUCGGUCACCAGCUCACGCGUAAUCUGACCGUGCUCUCCCGCCUCGAGCACCACCGCGCGGUGCAGAACAGGCGCGCGGCGAUCGCGCUCCUCCCGCGUUGGAACCCCCGCCUCGCGCCUAACAGUCUGGAGUACACACCGCACCCGCCGCCGCGGGACAAGCGGACGGAGAACAAGGAGGCGAAGCGGGCACGGCAUCGGCUGAUGGACGACGAGGUGUGGAGUGCCUUUGGAGAGGCCGUCCGACUCGCGGAGGGCAGGGCGGGCGUCAUUCUGGGCCGGGUGCCGCCGCUGACUAGGGGGAGGAGGCCUGUGUACGACGAGGCACGGUAGCCAAGGGGCGUUCUCCUCUAUGCGAGGGACGUACUCCGAGGUGUAGUCCGUGUUUCGCAGCAGCUUCGCCUGCCUCUCGCAACGCGCUUAGGAAGGGGAGACUGGACCGAAACAAUCUGGCAGACUCUGCCCCGCGCGAACAUCGGCUCCACAAAGAAGACAAACCCGAAGUCGAGCGGAAGCUCUGAGCCAAAACCCGAAUCCGACUGCUCCUUUGGCGUAUUGUCGGUGCUGGCGGGAGGAAUGGAGCAUUCUUUGUUCUUGCCUCGGCCUGAGCCUGGCUUCUUGUUCAAUGCAUCGUCGGUACUGGAGGAUUCGUUUCCCUCGGUGAGAUGGCACUCGAUCUCGCGCCGUCACCCCACCAGUUCCCUUGCUUCACGACCUUGUAUUCUCAAGUGAAUCUUAUUCGUCUU